CCCUCUUUUGGAAAGGGAAGAGUCCUCCCGGGCCAAGGAUGCGCCGGCAGGGCUUUCAACCCGCGGAGCUGAGAGCAGCGAGCGGCAGCCUGUAGCCUCUCCCUCGGCGGCACUCUCAAGGGGGACAAAAUGCUGAUAACGGUAACACCGCCCCAUGAGCCAGGGUCUCUCCACUCCCAGGCUCCACCCCCUCCUAUUUUACCAAAGCCUGGAAUAGACAAUCUUAAACUACAGAAACUCUUGAAAAAAGCAGCAAAGAAGAAAGCUGCACUAUCAGCACAACAAGCCACAUCAUUCCGGUCUACUUUGUCCCCUGUCAGUGAAGCCAGCCCAGACCUGGAACACAAUGAACGUUCUUCUCCACUGAAGCCUACUGAAGCUCAUACACACCUCACUAUUAAUCUUCCACCUCGCUUUUCCAUCAAGCCUAUUGUCCAGCAUGUUCCAUCUCCCUUUCCUAAGGCAAAGCCCUUUACGUUCACAAUCACAGAGCAGAGGAGCCUUUCUGAGCAUCUCAAAUUCACAGUCUCACCUGCAGUCUCACCACUACAGAGACGACGCACUCCUGAGCCAUCAUGGCAGCCCACAGGACAUCUACCAGACACACACAUUCAGCUAUCCCCAUCAACCACUGCACACUCUGUUCAUGUUUUCCCUGAACAUCCUGUUUUCCCUACACCUGUAGUGGAGACCCCAGUGCCAGUUGCGCAUGUUGCUGAAACCUAUGCCCACAUUCAUAGCCUCCAAGUACCAAGAGAUAAAACCUCACUGUUAGGUCAGCCAGUGGACAUUCCUACUAGUGAAGAUAAGCCGACAUCAGUUCACUUGAAGGUAAAUAACUCACAUCCACCACCAGAUAACAAGGAAGUCACACACUUCAUAAGCCAGGCUGCUACUCCUAAAUUAGAUGUUAUCUCGGCUCCUGAGCCUCCUGUUAGGACAGUGAAAACCGAAAUAUUGCAUGUUCCCAGACAGCAUACAGGGGUUACAUCCCCAGUUCUUCAUCAUAACAGGCCUGUGACACCAGAAAGCAGAAACCAUCAGCCAUAUAUUGAAGCUCAGAGAUGGCCAAGUACCACUAUUCCUCAGAAGCACAUCACGACAGAGGCAGUUAUACCUCCCCCUCCAGUUUUCAGCACUUAUAUGCCUUUGCCAGAAGAAAAGCUUGAUAAGCAGACUGUACCAUCACCACCACAUACUGCUCCUCCAGGUACCACAAACACCUUGCCAAAGCCAAAGCCAAAACCAGCACUGCCACCCAGAAACAAGUUUAGUGGCUGGUCUCGUCUCAAGAAGCACUUGAUCGUGGAAUCUGAAGAACCUCAGUUUCCUAUUUCAGAAUCUGAGACAGCUAGGCCUGAACAGGCAGAAAAGGCAAAAGUGGAACAAUCUCAAGCCAAUAGUGAUCCAGACAAAGGAACAACCAAGUCAAGAGCAGUCAAGAUGUGGGAUGCCAUCUUGUACCAGAUGACAAUCAGCAAGGCAAAAAAAGAGCAAGCAGAGGAAAAAGAAACGAGGAAAGAAGGAAUGUUUACACUCCGACGACGUUUACCCCUUUUUCUCCACCGACCACGCUUUGAUGCACGGAAGCUAAAGGAGCUGGCUUCUAAACCCAUGACAAAAAUCACUACUCUGUUUGAAGUACGCCGAAUUCAGCAAAAACCACCUGAGGAAACCCAGAUGAGUUUUAAUAGGGCUUCAUCUGGGUGGUAGAUGAAGGGAGGCAAUGAAUGAAAUCUUCUUUAGGUGGAUGUGUACUGAGCUUGGAAGGAUUUUAAAUAAAAACAAAAUUUACUAAAAAGAAA